CCGGCGACAUGAAACUGCUCACCCACAACCUGCUGAGCUCGCACGUGCGGGGCGUGGGGCCCCGCGGGUUCCCCCUGCGCCUCCAGGCCACCGAGGUCCGCGUCUGCCCCGUGGAGUUCAACCCCCACUUCGUGGCGCGCAUGAUCCCCAAGGUGGAGUGGGCGGCGCUGCUGGAGGCGGCGGACACCCUGCACCUGGUCGAGGUGCCCCCGGGGCCGGUGCAGGGCUACGAGCGGGACGAGGAGUUUCUGCGGAAGAUGCACCACGUGCUGCUGGAGGUGGACGUGCUGGAGGGCACGCUGCAGUGCCCGCAGUCGGGACGCCUGUUCCCCAUCAGCCGCGGGAUCCCCAACAUGCUGCUGACCGACGAGGAGACCGAGAGCUGAUCCUGCCGGCACCGGUCUCCGCCGCGAUGGUGGUCGCGUGUCUUUGUUGACACGAAUCCCGUCUGCUAUCCCCAGCCCUUGACCCAGUGACACGCCAGACACGCCGCCCUCUUGAGCUCGAUAGUAUAUUUUUUUCUCAUUAAAGGUUCAAAACCAAAAAAAAAAAAAAAAAAAAAAAAAAAA